CAAACAUGGAUUCUGAAAUCGUAAUUCCAAAGGAUAAAGUUCACAAUUUUAUAGUAAGCUCAUUGGAAGCUGUUGGAUUAACUCCAGCGCGUGGAUCAUUGGUUGCAGAUAUACUGGUAUCGGCAGAUUACAGAGGAAUCUAUAGUCACGGGGUCAUAUUACUUGAUAAAUAUAUGGACGAAAUCAGAUCAGGGGUCAUAUCAUUAGAAGACAAAGAACCAACAGUUAUUAAAGAAUCAAUAGGAACGGCACUUGUAGACGGACAUAGCUUAAUUGGUGCGUAUGUUGCCCGGUACUGUAUGGAUAUUGCUAUCAGAAAAGCAAAAGUAGCUGGAAUUGGAUUUGUCACGUGUAGAGGAGCAAAUCACUUUGGUAUGGCGGGAUGGUACAGUAUGUAUGCGAUGGAACAAGGAUUUGUAGGAAUAGCGUUGUGUAAUACUAAUCCUCGAAUGGUUCCCACUAGAGGGACAAGGCCGACUUUAGGUACAAAUCCAAUCAGUAUUGCAGCUCCUGGAAAUGAUGGUGACAGUUUUAUCCUCGACAUGGCUACUACAGUGGUGGCUGCUGGAAAGUUGAAGAUCAUGGCUUCAAGACAUAGUAUUCUUCCAGCAAAUAUGAUUGUUGAUGUGAAUGGGCAUGAAAGCCGUAACUACAAAGAUUUCAAUGGAGUGUUUCCGGUCGGGGGUAGAGAAGAAACUGGUGGUUAUAAGGGGUUUGGUUUAGCCAUGAUGAUUGAUAUCCUUAGCGGUAUUUUAAGUGGUGCAGAAUUUGGGCCAAAUUGCAAAGGAGCAGGAAAUCUGGGUUUAGGUUUUAUAGCAAUUGAUCCUAAUCAAUUUGAAGAUGGUUUUACAAACAGAAUGCAAUGUUUGAUAGAUGCUUGCAGAAAUCAGCCCCCUGUAUGUUAUUAG